AUGACCGACUACACAGCUUCUCUACAUUCAGGACUCAGGAGGCAACUCAAGGACUUCAUGCAGCCGUAUACCGCAGCCGACUUCAUGCAGCCGUAUACCGCAGCCGACUUCACCGCAGCCGACUUCAUGCAGCCUUUAAAUUCUUAUACUUUUUCAUUGGGAAAAACGAUGCUUCUGCUAAUUGUUUUGACCUUGACAGCUUUCUGCGGUCAUGUUUUGAGUUCGACGAUGAAAAGAAGCAUCAUAAAUGGGUACGAUGCUCCUGACCGAUCAUUCUACGUAUCAUUGAAAAUGAAGGAAUCCUGGAACAGCGGCAGGUUCUCAUCUUGUGGGGGAUCCAUCAUUAAUUCACGAUAUGUACUAACAGCGGCACAUUGUCUUGCCGGAGCUCGUUACGUUACAGUACUUGUUGGCGAUUUCACUAGUAGUUAUUCACAAAAAACUGAAAUUGGAGCCGCUGAUUGGUUCAUACAUCCAAGGUAUAAUAACGAGCUUGCUGUUAACGACAUUGGUCUCAUCAAGUUGAGCAGAUCCGUGCAAGGUCGCUCAAUAUCACUGUGCAGAACAACAUACAAAAACUCAGGUUAUGAUAUUGCAGUUUGUGGUCUUGGAUCAUCUAGUGUUAACCCUGAAACUUCCCCUGAGAAACUCCAAGAAACGAUGCUUAGGGAAACUUACAGCAAUUGUUUUUGGAGCAGUUUCCACAAGCAAUAUCAAGUGUGCAUGGAGUCAACAGGGUCCUACAGUGGAAGUUGUAUGGGUGAUUCGGGUGGUCCUCUUUUUCCACUGAGCAGUAGCGGAAGAGCCAAAUGCCUCUAUGGAAUAGUCAGUUUUGGAACAAAAACUUGCUCUGAUGACAGUGUAUAUACCCGAGUAUCUGCAUACAUAGAUUGGAUAGAAGCCAAUAUGGACUAG